AUGGCAAGUCCUAUCACGAAAGGCAAUCAGGCUUCAAGGAAGCUUCAGACCUUCCGUGUCAAACCCUCACCAAAAAAGAAGUCAGGAACAGGUAAAACAUCUAAACCUUCGAUUUCUACAACUUCUCUCCCUCGUAAUGAGAUAGAUAUCGAGGCUACUAUUGCAGGCACAAAAGUAUUCAUGUCCUUUGUAUAUGGUGAUCCGGUUAUCGAAAACCACAACACUGUAUGGGAUCGUUUAAAUCAACUAAGCCUCACACGACAAGGCCCUUGGUUCAUGAUCGGCGAUUUUAAUGAGUUAGUGGGCAACCAUGAGAAGCGCGGAAGGCGCAAGAGAUCAAAGCUUUCCUUCUUACCCUUGAGACAUGCAACAUCCCAGUUUGUGAUAAAUGAGGAGAGGCUUAAGAGAAUUGAUUUGGCUACCUAUGUCAACAAAGUGCACUUACCUUUUCGGUCAAAGGUCUAUAAGUGCGCAACGAGGACGUUGCGCGCAGUGAGUGGGGGAGUUGUAACAUCCCGGUUUGUGAUAAAUGAGGAGAGGCUUAAGAGAAUUGAUUUGGCUACCUAUGUCAACAAAGUGCACUUACCUUUUCGGUCUAAAGGUCCAGUUAAGCGUGCUUGGGCUGGAGUAGUUGAAGGAUGGGUGACCUUCCGGGAAGUGUUUCCGAAACCGUGUGAGUGA